AUGUCGCGUUGUCAGUCGGUCGCCAGACCUUUGGCCAGGCAAUUGUCACGACAGCUCUACAGACCUUUCUCCACGACGCCGUCGAUAUCAGCAGAGGUGACCACCGAGCCUCCAGCGACCACCCCAUCGCCAGCCGACCUCGACCCCGACACCGUCCUCCCCGAGUUCGAGAAUGCCCUCAUGAAGGCGGGUCAGAUGCCUAUCGGCUCCCGCCGUCGCCGCAUGGCCAUCCGCGACUACCCUGACGGCGUGCCCUUUGAGCAGCUGCCGUACCAGGCGUUUCAGGAGGCGCGCAAGAUUCUUGCCGCAGACCGCGAACAGAAACUGGCCGCCAUCCGCGCCGAGCUGGCCAAGAUUGCGCUACUCGAGUCGAGGGACGCCAAGGACUUCAAGGGCGGUCAGGCGAUGAAGGACACCCGCAUAGCGAGUCUCAAGCGCUACGUUGAGGUGCUCAAGAUCCAGGCCGACGUCAACGAUCCCGUGGUCAAGAAGCGGUUCGAGGACGGCCUGGGCGACAUGAACAAGCCCAUCUACCGGUACUACGCCGAGCGUCGCUGGAGGAGCUAUCAGCACAAGCUCAUCACCCAGCGCAUCGAGCAGUUCAACAUUGUCCCCGACAUCCUCCCCAAGCUCGAGCCCACCGCCGACGUCCAGCUGUACUUUUGGCAGCAGAAGACGCAGCCUGGCGCCAUUAUUGACUCGCUGGUCAGCGAGCCGCCGCCGCGCCUGAACGUCCAGGUCUUCGACAAGGGCGAGCGUCUGGUUACCAUUGUCGUCCUCGACGCCGACGUGCCCAACGUGGAGGCCGAUGGCUACACUAAAAAGUGUCACUUUGUCGCGGCCAACAUCCCCCUGAGCCCGACACAGCCGUCCAUCCCCCUCGGCAAGAUCAAGGAUGAGAACCAGCUCGCCGUCCCUUGGCUGCCCCCUACUUCCCAAAAGGGCUCGCCGUACCACCGCAUCGCCAUCUUCGUCCUCGAGCAGGACGGUCCGCUGGACGCAAAGGCCCUCAAGGAGCAGUACGCCAAUCGUCUCGGCAAGGACAAGACCAGCUUUUCCCUCAAGUCCAUCCGUGACAAGUACAACCUGAAGCCCUUUGGCUUCAGCAUCUUCCGCUCCGUCUGGGACGACAACACCGCGGCCGUCAUGGGCCGCCACGGCAUCGAGGGCGCCGACAUUGAAUUCAGGCCCACGAGGGUGCACAGCAUGAAGCAGCCUGUAAAGGCCAGGGGCUGGGAGGCCAAGAGACAGGGUCCCAAGUACCGCCACCUUUGGAAGUACACCAAGAGGAUCAAGGGCGUCUCCAACGGGCGGAAAUGGCUCAAGGCUGGCAAGAGGUAG